AUGCCGCGGCUCACGUGCCAUCUGACUUCUUUGCAGUCCCAGCGGCAAAAAAGGGCUAAUCAGAUGCUUAAGUCCCCAGCAGCUCUCGGCAAGAUUAAUGCCGCCGCACGCAUCCGAAAUGGGUCACUGUCGGUCAAUGAUCUGGCUGGCAGAAGCGGCCUCCCUCUGGAAGCUUCUGCGAAGAGGCUGGCGGAGGGGCGGCCUGGUGGAAUCCAGUUAAGGUUGCCACACCAAGCUGAGAAAUCCCUGGAUAUUUGGGGACGGUGGCGUUUGGAGAGGCAAGGGGGCUCAGCAGGGACUGGGUGCUAUAGUGUCCUGAAGCCGUCAUUUCCUCCCGGAUACACCCUCUUUGUGGUGGUGAAGCCUGCCUCUCCAAAUUGUUGGAUGCUGGAGCAUUGGAGUCUGAUCAACUUGGCACCUGCAGUUUUGGCUGAGCAUUCCCUGACUCACAGCAGCUCGGCUUGGCUUUUUGGCAGCUUAGCCUGGGGGAGGGGCAUCGGGUUGGCGCAGUGGGGAUAUAAGACUCUGCUAAAAUGUCUCUCUGGGAAAUUUUGUCGACGAGAGCUUAUUGGCAUCAUGGGUCCCUCUGGGGCCGGGAAAUCGACCCUAAUGAACAUCCUGGCUGGUUAUCGGGAGACGGGCAUGAAGGGGCAGAUCCUGGUCAACGGGAGGCAGAGGGAGCUGCGCACUUUCCGGAAGAUGUCUUGCUACAUCAUGCAGGACGACAUGCUGUUGCCGCACCUCAAUGUGCGUGAGGCCAUGAUGGUGUCAGCAAAUCUGAAACUGAAUGAGAAGCAGGAAGUGAAGAAAGAGUUGGUGAAUGAGAUCUUGACAGCGCUGAGCCUUCUGGAAUGUUCCUACACCCGCACCGUAUCCCUCUCCGGGGGGCAACGCAAACGCCUCGCCAUCGCACUGGAGCUAGUCAACAAUCCCCCGGUCAUGUUCUUUGAUGAACCCACCAGUGGACUAGACAGCUCCUCCUGCUUCCAGGUGGUGUCCCUCUUGAAGUCCUUGGCCCAAGGGGGCCGCACCAUCAUCUGCACCAUCCACCAGCCCAGCGCUAAACUCUUUGAGACGUUUGAUAAGCUUUACAUCUUGAGCCAAGGGCAGUGCAUCUACAAGGGGGCUGUGCCCCUCCUCAUCCCCUACCUGAAAGGGCUGGGCUUGCAUUGCCCCACCUACCACAACCCAGCUGAUUUCAUUAUCGAGGUGGCAUCUGGAGAAUACGGGGACCUCAAUUCAAUGCUUUUCCAAGCCGUCCAGAACGGGCUGUGCACCAUGGCUGAGAAGAAGGUCAGCCCAAACAAAGUGGACUCCUCCUGUCCCGGACGCUGCGUGGUGGAUCUGGACCACAUUGAGAGCCAUACUUUCGCAACCAGCACCCUGACCCAGUUCUGCAUCCUCUUCAAGAGAACAUUCCUGUCCAUUUUGCGAGACACGGUUCUCACCCACCUACGGUUUAUGUCGCACAUCUGCAUCGGCGUGUUGAUCGGCCUGCUGUACCUGCACAUCGGCAACGAUGCCGCCAAGGUCUUCAACAACACCGGCUUCCUUUUCUUCUCGAUGCUCUUUGUCAUGUUCGCUGCAUUGAUGCCGACCGUCCUCACCUUCCCCCUAGAGAUGUCUGUAUUUCUGAGAGAGCAUUUGAAUUACUGGUACAGCCUGAAGGCCUAUUUUCUAGCCAAGACCAUGGCGGACAUACCUUUCCAGGUCAUCUGUCCCAUCGUCUACUGCAGCAUUGUGUACUGGAUGACGGCUCAGCCCCCUGAAGUCUCACGCUUCUUACUGUUUUCCGCACUGUCCACCUGUACCGCUUUGGUGGCCCAAUCUCUGGGGCUGGUGAUCGGAGCAGCUUCCACUUCCGUACAGGUGGCAACUUUUGUCGGUCCUGUCACAGCCAUCCCUGUCCUCCUAUUCUCUGGCUUCUUCGUCAGUUUCAAGACUAUCCCGACCUACUUACAAUGGAGUUCAUAUGUCUCUUAUGUCAGGUAUGGCUUUGAAGGCGUCAUCUUGACCAUCUAUGCCUUGGAACGCGAAGAGCUGGAAUGCAAGACAAUGAACUGUCCCUACAAGGAUCCUACCAAGGUUCUGGAAGAGCUGGAUGUCGGGGAAGCCAAACUCUACAUGGACUUCAUUGUCUUGGGCAUCUUCUUUGUCAUUCUGAGGCUUUUGGCCUACCUUAUCCUCAAGUAUAAGGUGAAGUCUGAAAGAUAAAGGGGCCCUUUGGCAUGGCCUCAAUGCCCUCUGGUGGACCUGGUCAUCUGUCACAUGUUGAAGGGAUGUAAACUCUGUGGGCCACGGACCAAUGAGGGAGCUAUCCGGUCGCUGGUGGCCAGCACUGACUCACUCGAGAAGGGUUGAUGAGACAUCUCAGAACUGUUUUAACCUUUCCAGGCAUUCCCUUCAUUGCAAUUUUUUUGUAUAAUUCUGGAAUGUAUCAAUCUCUCUUCCUGGAGCAAUACCCGUGAGAGGGAAGUUGUCCUUGUCCACAUGGCCCCCAGACUGGAUCCCUUGGGCCACAUCUGCUGUCACUUGGUUUCUGCUCCACUAUGAAGGGGGAGAAGCUGGAAUCAAUUUGGAUCUGGGGUGGGCGGGGUGGGGCGGGGGCCAAAUGGAGAAGGGAGUUGUGACAGGCGAGGAGAUCCCUCUGCAAAGCACAGUUUUGUAGCGCCGUCGUUUUGUGCUGUUUUUGACUCGCUCGCUUGCCGACAUAACUGUAGCAUGUGUAUCAAUAUUAAGAGACUGGAAGAUCUGUCAGGAUUGGUUGCACAAGGCUUUUGGUGUUUACCGUAGCGACAAAGGAUUUUUUUGGUAUUUUCCCUCCAUCCCCUUCCCAAUCUUUUCCUUGUAUUCUUUAUGAGAAACCAAAUGACAGUUUGUUAUCUAGUCUUUGCUAGAGCUCUGGGCAGGUAUCGAAAUGGAGAACAGAAUGGCCAAUACAUAGGGGACUCUGUGACCAUCAACCAUGCGUAGACAUUAGAGACAUACUAAGACAAUCAAUGGCAUAGAAUCCCAUCCCUGCUGUCUUCCCUGAUUCCCGUUAAAUCACGCCUAUGUCAUUUUAGAAUCAACAGUUGUACCAUGUAAAUUGUGUUGUGCCAAUCCCCGCAGUCAUUUUGUGUGGAGGGAUGUCCUCGCUGUUCCCAUUUUACAAAACUGAAGAGUGGUAUGCCUUAAGCCAGGCGAUGGAUUCAUGGCUUAGGGAAAACUCGAAUCCAAGUCACUCUUUCCACCCCUUAAAAAAGAACCCCGGUGGUUUAUUAGGAUUGUUUCUCC